AUGAUUGACAGAUCGAUGGUAAACACCAUCCGGUUGCUUGAGAAUCAAAAGAUUGAACGUGAAAUAGCCUUUCAAGAAGCUUUGGAUGAGAGGAAAAGAGCAUUCGAGCUUGCCAGACUGCAGUACUCCUAUCCUUACAAAGCUAUUGGGAGUUUUGCAGUAACUCUUAUUUCUGGCCUAUCUGCCUAUCGGCAUAAAAAUCUGCUUCACUUGAUACCAGUAGCAGUAGCGCUUCCCUAUAUAGCUUAUGAAACUGAUGCUUCCCUUGGGCGAAGAACAAGAAGGAUCAAAAGACGGGCUGAUUUAUUGUACCGAAAAAGAUUGGCAGAACAUGAGCCGCAUGUUUUGGUAGCUGACGUAAAACAGCGUCUGAAGGAAUUGCAAGAAAGAAGUGAUGCGGAAUAG